AAACGAAAGGCCCUUCGCGUCGACGCAAAGGGAAGACCAAUCGGCGGCGGAGGGCGGUUCUUCCGGAGCUAGAAAAUUCUCCAGGAGCGGGGCAAGGGCUUUUUUGAAUUUAACGAAAUCAAAAUGGAUUCUUGGUACUCAGGCUAUGGAACAGGUGAUUCUUGGAACACUGGAGCCACCAAUUCACAAGAAUAUGAUGGUUAUGAUUACAGUUAUACCCAAGAUAAUAUACCCAGCACUGCAACAAAUUAUGGCUACAAUGCUGGCAACAAGUCCUGGGAACUUCCCAAAAAUUCAGCCACAGACACCAUCAUUGCUAAGAUCAACAAGCGCCUGGAUAUGCUUUCUCAGUUAGAGACUGAAAAUCAGGUGCAAGACACUUACCAGGACAACAGGUUUACACCUUACGAGUCCUACGACUCCGGGUCUUCACUGAAUGACCGUGAUCUGUACAGAUCUGGCUACGGUUACAGUGAAUAUGGGCCCGAUUAUAACGAUUCCUAUGGAGGUCGCUAUGACCACUACGACAGCUCCUACGGGACCCGCAAAGAUCAGUUCCAGAACCGAGCACGUGACCCAUACGGCCCUACUAACCAGUGGGGCCAGAACUGGUCUAGAGACCGGCCAUAUAACAGACCCAAUCGGAACGACCCCUACAUGUCACCUGCAAGUUCCGGGCGAAUGUCUGCACGCUGGAAUGAGCUGUCGAUGGGAGGCAGGGGCCACAACGCCGCCACCGCCUCCUCCACCAGGAACCUCCCUUCGCUCUUCUCCCCAAACAUUAUCCCCAUGGACCUGUUCAGAGUUCAGGGAUCGGGAAGACCAUUAGGAGGUGGCAGACAGCGAAGGAGAGACAGGAUUCGAAUCAGAGGCAUGAAGAAAAGGGAUGCGGGCUUUGGUAGGAAGAGGAAAACAUCUACGGGUAGUACCGAUGAGCCAGAGAACAAACAGGCAAAAACUGAAGAUGGAUCUGAUGCAGCAGAAGAUGAUGGUGCUGAGUCUGGUGAUGGUGGUACUGGUGAUGGCAAAGAUUCUGCAGACAAGAAACCAAAGCGCUUUCCCACAAUGCAAGAAAAGAAGAAGGCAAACAAACCAAAGAAAAAUCGGGACCGUCUUGCAGAAAGGAUAAUGUAUGCUUGCUCUGUUUGUAAGUUUCGUACCUUUGAAGAUGAGGAUAUUUCUGCCCACGUUGACAGUAAAUACCACAGUGAAACUUUCAAAUUCAUUGCGUCCAAGCUUGACAAGCAGACUGCUGACUUUUUGCAUGAAUAUAUUUUAAACAAGAUUCAGAAAACGCAGAAGCGCCGGGAGCAAAUUGGAGAUAAAACAAUUCUGAAGAAGCAGCUUAUGCAGCAGCAAGACCUGCUGCAAGAUGUUGGCUUGGACCAUUUCAUGAAGAAGGUGGAGGCAGCGCACUGUGUGGCCUGUGAUCUAUUUAUACCAAUGCAGAAUGCUCUCCUUAUGCGUCAUUUGAAGACUAUUGAUCAUGGCUGGAACCGCAAGAUAAUGUUGGAGAAAGCCAAGAAGGGCAGCCUUGUUGUCGCUAGGAGUGUCCUGAAUAACCGCAACAUUGCAGCAAUGCUGGAGAAGUACAAAAAGGGUGAGAACCCAUUCACUGAUGACCCAGACAAAGAUGAGGAAGAUGCUGCUGAUGAGACUGCUGAGGGUGAUACUUUGAAGGAUCCUUCCAUGGAUGUCGAGGGCAAAGAAGGGGAGAAUGAAGAAGCAGAAGACUGUGCAGUUAGAAUAAAGGAAGAAAUGGAAGAUCCUGAUGAAGAAAAUGUUGGGGAGAUGGUGGAAGAGGAGUCUGGCGAAGGGGUGGAAGGGGCUGGGGAGGGAGCUCUGGAUUGGGCUUUGGGGGAGACAAGUGAGUCAGCACUGGGGGCUGACAGGGUGGAGAUGAGUGAAACGGGUGUGGAAGGGGCUGGAUGGGAGACAGAAAUGGAAGGGACUAGGGGAGAGGCUGAGGCACUGGAAGGGGCAGAAGGAGAGACAGUACAGGCAGAGGAAGGGACUGUGGGGGAAGCAGAUGGUGCUGCAGAAGACAGGGAGGUAGAAUUGACAGCUGAAGAAGAAGAUGAGAUGUUGAAGGGAGAAGAGGAGCAAUUGGAAUAAAUUUUAGGCUGACUUCUGCAGACGUGCAGAUGCAAUUCUAUCCCAUACCAGCUGUUGAGGUUUAUACUAGUUUAAGAAUUUCAGUGUUUUUAACUUGCCAGUAGAUUUGUGUUCACUUGCUGUAUUGCAGUUUCAUCCCACGUGGCUGAUACAAAGUCCAAUUUUCUCUCACAUCUGAUGUGAAUUUUUUUAAAAAAAAAAUAAACUUGGUUUCUGUAAUGUGAUUAAUGUGGUAUUCAAUUGACCCUAAACUUUUUCUUUGAGGACUGGCAUGAAGUUUGUUUGCAGUAAUCCAAGUUUAAGUGAUCUGUAAUUUGUAAGAUCUGGCUGUCUUGAUUCCAAGCUACGCAACUAAGAAUUAUUUCCAUUUGGUCCAUUAGAACAGUUGCAUAGCUAAGAUGCUGGUUUAAACAUUUCUCAUUUGGUUUGUGUACAGAUGAGUUGUAAAUACGCAGCAGAAUUUGGGUAACUGGGUUAUUUUGUUGUAUUAAUUAGCUUUCGCAUGAAAGGUGGCGAAUGGCACUUUUGAGCACGUUGCUUUGUUUUAGAUCUGUAAAUGCAAAUAAGACUAUUGUGAAAUUCAUCUGGAUUGCUUUGGGACUCCUAAUACUGCAUUCCUGCAGGGUGUGGACUUCCUCUUAAAGAGUUGAAAUGAUCUUCAACAUGAAAACAGUAAACUUUCCUGGUGAGUCUGAUGAGCCUGACUUGA